AUGCUAUCUAAUCUAUUGAACUGUGUACAAGAUAUUUGGCAGAUACAUUCUACUGCAGUUCUAGUAGCUAUAUUUGCUGCUUUAAUUAUCUACAUCUUCUACUACAGAUAUAUCACUAUACUACAACAUUUCGACAAAUUAGGCAUACCUGGACCUAAACCAUGGCCUAUUCUAGGCAAUAUACCCGAAAUUGCUCGACUAGGCGGUCAACAUCUAGCUCAUAUGUAUUACACUAAAAAGUACGGAAAAGUAGUCGGCUUAUUCUAUGGUACUGAACGAUUAACCCUUGUCUCCGAUUACGAGAUAAUCAAAAAGAUAUUAAUCAAAGACUUUCAUUUAUUUCCUAACAGACGAUUGCCAAUAAAGUUUCCAUUCGACUACCUUGAUAAAAUGUUAGCUUUUUCAAGAGAUCAAGAGUGGAAAACCAUUCGAGAUACUAUCACUCCUACAUUUAGUGCUAAUAAGUUAAAAGCAGUAUUACCAAUUGUCGAUAAUUCGUCACGAAAGCUUCGAUCUGCUUUAAUAUCUUACGCACAACAAGGAGAAAUUAUCGAUGCACGAGACGUAUUUGGGAAAUUUACAAUGGAGGUAAUCUUAAGUGUCGCGUUUGGCGUACAGCUAAAUACUCAAGAUACUACUUUAACUAAUGCAGCUUCCAAAAUGCUUUCUGGAAUACCGAGGAGAAUUCUAUUUACAAUAAUAUCACCUUACGCUCCUAAGAGUAAAGACUUCUUACAAUUAGUGUUAGAUGGACGAGAAUCUGGUAAAUUAUCGGAUGACGAUAUUAUUGCUCAAAGUUUUAUCUUUCUACUAGCUGGUUACGAAACUACUGCUAAUACUCUAUCUUCUGUGUGUUACUUACUUGCCGUUAAUCCCGAUGUUCAAGAGAGAUUAAUUAAUGAAGUUGACGAUGCAUUCAGUGGAGUCGACGACGAUUUAAGUUAUGAACAAAUAUUUGAAUUAAAAUAUUUAGAUAUGGUUAUUACCGAAACAUUAAGACUUUAUCCGCCUAUUCCUAUUAUUAUACGCGAAGUAGCUCAAGACUGUACUAUUGGAGAUUACCAAUUUGUUGCUGGAACAUCAAUUAUGCUAUCUACUUAUGCCCUUCAACGUGAUAGCGCAGAAUGGCCUGAUCCAGAAAAGUUUAUACCGGAACGGUUUACUCAAGAAGAGAAACAAAAACGUAGCUCGAUGAGUUACUUACCUUUUGGUGCUGGACCAAGAAUCUGCAUUGCUAUGAGAUUUGCUCUAAUGGAAAUAAAGAUAGCAUUAGUAACAGUGUUACGAACAGUUAAGUUUAUUCGUGUUAAAGAAACCGAGGUGCCAUUACAACUAAAUGCUGGAAUUACUAUUUCACCGAAAAAUGGUAUCAAGAUAGGAUUAGAGGAAAGGAGUUCACCAUAA